UAGGCGUGACAUCAGAGCGCGCAGCAUCACUGAAUGCAGGGCAUCAUCCCCACAGAGAAAGACAGCAGCGCCUCCACGCCCAGUAAACACCACCAAUGCUGCUGAACAUGAGGGAUCCCAUCGAGUGAUGAUGUCAUUCCCAACGGCCUCCUAUGACCAGCUGGUGCGGCAGGUGGAGGAUCUCCGUAAGGAGAACUCUCACCUGCGGCGAGAGCUUCAGGACAACUCACACCACCUGUCUAAGCUGGAGAAUGAAACAUCUGACAUGAAGGAGGUUCUGAGGCAGUUGCAGAGUAAACUGGAGCAGGAGGCCGGAACGCUUGCCUCUUCAGGCAGAACUGAUGUGCUGGACCAGCUCAAAGAGUUGCAUAUGGACCUGACCAACUACUACGAGCUAAAGUACCAGCCUCACAACUUACGUGUGUUUCCGGAGCUGAUGGCUGGCCAGGUAGGGGAAGGUGAGGAGAGACUGAGCAUCAGCAGAUCCAGGAGCCCCGUGUGUCAAUCGUCCCGCCAGUCCUCAUCUGCAUCUGGAGAAGGAACAGCCGUGCACCCAGGCCUCCCUCAUCAGGUGGCUGGAGAAGGACGUAUCACUGCCCAACACUUAGAGGAUCUCUGUAAAGAGAGGACUAUGUUGCUGAGUGAAAUAGAGAAAGAGGAGAAAGAGCGACGGUGGUAUUACUCACAGCUGCAGGGAUUGUCUCAGAGACUGGCUGAACUGCCACGGCUUGAUACGUUCUCUAUGCAGGUGGAUUUUAUCAGACAGCAGCUGGAGUUUGAAGCUCAGCAGCUGCGUUCUGUGAUGGAGGAACGUUUCGGCACCAGUGAUGAGAUGGUCCAGAGAACACAAAUCCGUGUUGCUCGGUUGGAACAGCUAGAGAAAGAGCUUCAUGAUGCCCAGAGCUCACGUGGUCCUCAAGAGAAGAGCGCUCUACCUGAAACACAGAGCACCGAGUGCCUCCCAAAAGCAUCUGUUCCUGACUUGGAUACUGGAAAUGCUGGUACUCUGGAUGCUCCUGGAGAAGCAGGGAGCAAAGUGGAGAUGGUGUUUUGGCUACUUUCCAUGCUGGCCUCCAGAGAUCGGGAGGAAAUGUCCCGUACCCUUCUGGCAAUGUCAAGCUCACAGGAAAGCUGCAUUGCUAUGCGCAAGUCUGGCUGUGUCCCGCUGCUUGUACAAAUACUACACGAGGGGGGCACCGGGGAGGCAGCUGGGACAGGAUGCUACAGUCGAGAAGCCCGUUCCAGAGCCAGUGCUGCACUGCACAACAUCGUGUAUUCACAGCCAGAUGAGGGUCAAGCACGACGUGAGAUGAGAGUUCUCCAUGUGCUGGAGCAGAUUCGCUCCCACUGCGAAAAUGGAUGGGACUGGAUUGAGAACCAUUUAAGUACCCCUUCACCCGGUGGUAGCAAAACCACAGAAAUCCCUGAGCCAGUGGAUCCCCAGAUAUGCCAGGCCUUGUGUGCAAUAAUGAAGUUAUCUUUCGAGGAAGAGUAUCGCAGGGCAAUGAAUGAACUAGGGGGCCUCCAAGCUAUAGCGGAGCUAAUGCAGCUGGACCAAGAACUGUAUGGCAUGCACAAUGAGCCAAUCAAUAUGGCUCUCCGGCGUUACGCAGGAAUGGCGGUCACUAAUCUUACAUAUGGAGAUGUUGUAAAUAAGGCUACACUUUGCUCAAAGAAAAAUUGUCUUCAAGCCAUCGUUGCACAGCUAGCAUCAGAUAGCGAGGAAUUACAGCAGGUUGUGUCAAGUAUACUAAGAAACCUGUCAUGGCGUGCUGAUAUCAAUAGUAAGAGGGCUUUGAGGGAUGUCGGCAGUGUAUCAGGACUUAUGACUUGUGCAUUGCAGGCUACAAAGGAAUCCACAUUAAAGAGUGUGUUAAGUGCACUGUGGAAUUUGUCAGCGCACAGCACUGAGAAUAAGGUGGCAAUUUGCUCUGUUGAUGGUGCUCUUGGCUUUUUGGUUAGCACUUUGACUUACCGAUGCCAAACCAACUCACUGGCCAUUAUUGAGAGCGGUGGAGGCAUUCUGCGCAAUGUGUCCAGCCUCAUCGCCACCCGAGAUGAUUACAGGCAAAUCCUCAGGGAUCAUAACUGCCUUCAGACUCUGCUACAGCAUUUGCGAUCUCACAGUUUGACUAUUGUGAGUAAUGCGUGUGGAACCCUCUGGAACCUGUCUGCACGAAGUCCAAAAGACCAGGAAUUGCUGUGGGAUCUGGGAGCUGUAAGCAUGCUACGCAAUCUCAUCAACUCAAAGCACAAAAUGAUAGCCAUGGGAAGUGCUGCAGCUCUGCGAAACCUCCUCACAAAUCGUCCACUCAAAUAUAAAGAUGCAGCUGUUAUAUCCCCGGGAUCAUGCAUGCCGUCCCUCUAUAUGAGGAAGCAGAAAGCAUUAGAGGCUGAGUUGGAUGCAAAGCAUCUAGCAGAAACAUUUGACACACUUGAGAAGCAAAGUUUCAAGCAUGCCAAUAUAAACAAGCCAUUGAGGCAUAUUGAGAGCCUAGCAAAGGACUAUGCUUCAGAUUCAGGCUGUUUUGAUGAUGAUGAAGCACCUAAUGUAUCCACCAGCCUGGACACUGGGACAUUUUCCAUGCUCUCCAUGUUCUUGAACAAUUCUAACUUCCUUAAUACGCAGCUUCGUAAGCGCGAGGGGGAGCCCGAGCAAGACAUUGAAACCUUUCAAACAGACAUUAAAAGAUCACAACCUCCUGACGACGAAGUGACUGUGGCAGCUGAAAAAUUGGCCAAGAAGAUCACCAACACAGUGGCUAAAAUUGACAAACUGGUAGAUGACAUUACCAUGCAUACAUCAUCAGAGGACAGCUUCAGUCUCAGUUCAGAAGAUCAUUUUUUGGAUUGGAAUUACGGGCCAGAUGAGCUUCAUGAAGCGAGAGCCAUUUCAUGCUCCCCAUGUCCUCUCUCAGAUAGCAGCACUUUUUCUCCUAAAGAGCGUCUCAGCAGAGCACAUGCCUUUAUGCGUCUUAAAACAACAAACUCAAGCUUAUCCAAUGACAGCCUUAACAGUGGUAGCAUCAGUGAUGGCUAUUGUGGCAGUCAAGACCAGACUCAUCCCUCUGCCAGACCAACAGAACAACGACGUCCAAAUAAGCUUGACCUUAAGGUAGCUCAUGAGGAACCACUGACUAGUGGUGUACAUAUUUCAAGAGUCUUGUGUCAAAAUGAAAUACCUGAAAGAGAUUUCGAGGCAAACAAAGAUGCUAUUUUGCCUGAUUCAGGAUCCACAGAUACAGAGAAAAGCCAAGAGCCAUUUAUAUCAACCCCUGCAACUGUUUCAACAAAGGUUUCUUCAGAAACUAGCAUACCAACUGUCAAGUUGUCUCCCUCCUAUCAGCAUGUUCCACUGAUCCAGAGUGUUGCCAAGUUUGGUGUUGCAAAGACUGCAAUUAAUGUUCAGGCAGCUCAAGCAAUGCGCAGGCAAGCUUGGGUUCCAGCAGUUAUGACUGGUGGAAGCAUUAGCAAGUUUUCCCCAAUAUGUUCUGCAAGAAGUCCCACAAUAGGACAGCUGGAAACUCCUCAGAAGUAUUCUGUAGAGAACACUCCAAUAUGCUUCUCUCGUUGCAGUUCUCUGUCCUCUUUGUCCUCUGGGGAUGGAGCUCUUGAUGGACAAAGUCAAACUGAAAAUGAGCUAGAAAGUGACUCCUCAUUGGAAAUCAUAGAGGUAGAAGACGUGAAUGUUGAGAGAAAAGAUGAAGAGGAUGAGAACGAGACACUUGAUGACUUGAGUGACAGUCAGUUAUUAGUAACUGAUCAGAAAAUCAGUAGCUCUGACCCAAUUGAGAUCUCUGGUACAAUCAAAAAUGAGAAGAGGUUCCUUAGAGGAGUGUCCCCAGUAAUACUUGAGGACAGGACGCCAUCCAGUUCUUCGGACAACUACAUUCACGAAACACCUCUUGUAAUGAGUCGCUGUAGUUCAGUGAGCUCACUUGGCAGCUUUGAAUCUCCUUCAAUUGCCAGCUCUAUUCAGAGUGAUCCAUGUAGUGAAAUGAUAAGUGGAACUGUAAGCCCCAGUGACCUACCAGACAGCCCGGGACAAACAAUGCCUCCUAGUCGCAGUAAAACUCCAUGCUGUCCAGAGUCAGGUGGAGCAGAUGCUCAGAAUCUUAGUGGUGUAGGAAGCCAAUGGGAGAGUAGUUUGCGCAAGUUUAUGGAAAUUGCAGACUUUAAAGAAAGGUUUAACCUACCUCAGGAUUUGGACACAAUGAUCUAUUUCACUGUGGAAAAGCCGAUUGAGAAUUUCUCGUGUGCCUCAAGUCUGAGUGCCCUUCCACUGCAUGAACACUAUGUUCAGAAAGAUGUGGAGCUCAAACUUACCCCUUUGCUAAACCAACAAGACAAUGAUCCAGAGGAGUCUGAAAAAGAAGAGGAUAUGGAAGACCAAUAUAGUGAAGGCAACUCAGAUGAUGACAUUGAAAUUCUCAAAGAGUGCAUUAAUUCCGCCAUGCCUUCCAGGUUUAAGAAGGUAAGGUCCACUGUGAUACCCAGUCUCUCAAACCAAGUAAUCAACAUGCAGGCUCGAAAAUCUGUGCCAGUUUAUAUGGUGCUGCAGAACAAAAACAAUCAAAUGUGUACUGGACAAAAGCUUGGAAUGUCUUCGAAAGAAAUCUAUCAUGAUGAUUCCUCUUACACAGACUCUGCCGAAGGUACACCCAUCAAUUUCUCAAGCACCACUUCCUUGAGUGAUGAAACUCUUCAAUAUCCAGCCAGAACUAAAGGCAUGAAAGACUGGCGAAGAAACAAAGAGACACAAGAGCUUGUUGAUAUCGAGGCAAAGAGAAUUGAAGACCUACGCAUGUUCUCUCGCUUCCACAAACCAACUAAAAUAGCAUGUCAGUCUCACCUAGUCACGAAUCAACUGAACAAAACGAUCAGAAGAAUGGUUCCCACUCAGAGAUUACUAAUACAAAGUAAAGAGAUGGCAGCAAAAAUGACCCAGCAACGAAUUCAAAGCCAGUCUCCAGUUAGACAAAUUCAAAAGCAAGGACAGAAUCUGUCAAGAAGCAUGCCACAGUUGGAUUUUCCCAUGAGAAAACAAAGCACUGAGGUGUACCAAAAUCAGAAAACCUGCUAUCUAAGUCAUGUGCAGGAAAACACUCUAUCCCUAAAGUCGAGGCGUCAUCCAUCAUCUACAGAAGGCAUUUGUCAUAAAAUGGAAAGGCAUGAUGGACAGAUGAAUAGGACUGGACGGAAACAACAAUAUGAUUCAAGCAAUAUAAUACGUAAUGCUAACAUACAAGAUCAAGUCAACAGUUAUCAGUCCCGCCAAAAUGGUUUUCACAGAAUCAAACAAAAUCUAAUUUUAGAAGAAGCACCUCCAUGCUACUCUUUGAGUUCCUCUCUUAGUUCUUUAAGUGAUGCUGAAUUUGAGGAACAUGAAAAUCCUCAACAUACGUGGAUAAAGAAUAGACAUAACAUAAUGUCCAACCUUCAGUGCCAUCCAAAGUCACAGAAAGACCUCAACCAGUUUGAAGAGAACAGCUCGCCUAGUUCAGUCAGCAUGGAUUCAGAAGAUGAUCUUUUGAUAAAAUGCAUAACAUCUGCUAUGCCACAACACAAGAAAAGGCAAGCUGCCCGAAAACGAAAAGCUGAGAAAAAGCACAAACAAAAAGCUACUCUUCAGAAAGCAGCAGAGGACAGGGGUCUUGAUAAUGACCUAGAUAGUGAUGAAAUGGCAUCAGACAAGGACUCUGAUCUCAAUAGUGUUGAAUGGAGAGCAAUACAAGAAGGAGCGAAUACAAUCAUAACCAAGUUACAAGCUUCAAAGUCCCAGGAACCCUCAUCAGAGUCUGAGUCAGUUUUGUCAUUUAUGUCUGGCUCAAGCUUUACUCCUAAAGAGAAGAAAGUAUACAAAGAUGACAAAAAGGCUAAUAAACCGCUUGAUUUUGCCCCUCGUAAACCUGUACCAAACUUCCCUGUGGUCUUCAGGGGUAGAACAGUGAUAUACACACCCAAAAAGGAGACAACACUCUCUCAGAGACCACCACCUAAAAAGGUGUCACCGAAAGCAGAUGCCCCUAAAAAUCCAAAUCUAGCUCAACAUAGGUCAAGAAGCCUUCACAGACUGGGCCAACCCAUGGAGUCCACUCAAUUGUCUUUGCCCAAAAGAAGCUCAACGCCACCUGCCAGGAUACCGAAGAGCUCAUCAUCAGGAUCAUCACAAAGCUCAACACCAUCCAGGCAACCUCAGAAAAAAGUAACCUCCCAGCCUCCCAUAAAAGGAACAGAGAAGGUGGCAUCAGCACCAUCCAGCCCGCCAGACAGAAGAGGAAGAAAUUCAAACAUUGAUCAAAACUCUAAAUCCCCUAUAGACAGGAAAACACAGAAAUCUCCUGUCAGAAUACCAUUCAUGCAGAAUCCAUCAAGGCAAACCAGAAACAUUUCACCUUUAGUAACCAACCAGCCCACUAGCAUCAGCAGACAAAAUACGCAGAUAAUUGUCUAUAGACCUUGGAGACAGGAUUACUUGAGGCUGUAA